AUGUCCGGGAGCGAGGCGAGCAAGGUCCAUUACUACAUCGACGAGAAGUGGGACAAUGCCAUCGACAUCACCAUGCGCAGCGUCUUCUACGGGAGCCUGAUCGGAGCUGUGGGAGGUCUCUUCCUCCUGCGUGGAAAGACGGCACGUGUAGCUUCUCUGGCCUUCGGUGCCGGUUUUGGGGCGGGUGGAGCCUACUACCAGAACCAGAAGGCUGUGACCAUGGCGACGCAGGGCGGCGACACCAUCAGCCUGCGCCCUCUGUCUUUGCGGCCGGGCGGGGGCACCAAUCCCUUUGCCGGCUUUGCCAAAGGCGCUGGAGUGGGUCUGAAGCUGAACACCUUCCAUGUUCCCUCUGUGGCGGAGAAGCGUAAGCCCCGCGGGGAGGUCAUCACCUACUCCCGGGACUUCCUCAUGACCUUUGCCUCUCAAUUCACGGAGCCCCCCUCGGAGCUGCGCAGCUCGGCGCUGGACAUCGUGCUGGAUCCCUCCGACCCCACCCGCCUGGCCCAGCAGCAGCUGCUCCAGCGCCGCGCCAGUGACCUGGGCCGCACCGCCUGGUCCGCGGGGGGCUCCGGCGCGGAGGGCACGGCGCAGACCAUGCGCACGGUGAAGGGCAUACUGAACAAGCUGACGCCCGAGAAGUUCGAGCGCCUGCUCGGCCAGUUCAUCCCGCUUAUCAGCAAUUACGAGGUGCUGCAGGCCACCAUCAUCCAGGUGUUUGAGUCCGCGGUGCACCAACCCACCUUUGUGGCCAUGUACGCCGACCUCUGCCGCGAGCUGGACGCGGUGCUGCCGGAGUUUAACGAGCCGGACACUGGGCGCCCCACCAACUUCAAGAAGAUGCUGGCCAACACCUGCCAGGAGGAGUAUGAGAGCACCGAGUCGGCACGCGCGGUGGCCGCCAAGGCGAGCGGGCCCGAGCGCGAGGCGGAGGAGCGCCUGGCCAAGCAGCGGCUGCUGGGCAACAUCCGGCUGAUCGCGGAGCUGUUUAAGAAGGGCAUGGUGAACGACCGCAUCAUGCUGCUCAUCCUGAUGGACCUGCUGGGCACCGGCGAGGCAGGCCCCGACCCACCCGCGGAGUCCAUUGAGGCGGUGUGCGAGCUGCUGAGCACGGCGGGGGCGGCGCUGGAGGCCGGCGCCAAGAGCCGGCCGCGGCUGGACGCGGCCUUCGCCACGCUGUCAAAGCUGGCCAAUGCGCGGGGCUACCCCUCCCGCAUCCGCUUCGUCAUCCGCGACGUGAUCGAGCUGCGCACGCAGCACUGGGUGCCGCGGCGUGAGGCGUUCACGGCCAAGAAGCUGGAGGACGUGCGCGCCGUCGCGGCGGCCGAGCUGGGCCUGGACGUCAACAUCCCUGGGCUGGACGGGACGGGGGCGGGCGGCGCGCUGGGCGCACUCACCUCGCUGGCGCCCAAGCGCCCCGAGGAGCUGGAGCUGACGCCGAUCGACGUCACCCCCGAGCGGCGCGAAUCGCUGGCCAAGUCCAUCUUCACCGACUUCCUGGCCGACGGCAACUUUGGCGAGGCACUGGCUGCGGCCCAGGACCUGGCGGUGCCCGGCUUCAUGCGCCGGCUGGCGGAGAUCGGGCUGGCCCGCGCCUACGACGCGCGCACGGAGGAGGAGUGGCGCGCGGUGGUGGAUCUCAUGGUGCGGCUGGGCGCGGCGGGGCAGGUGCCCGGUGCCGACCUGGGUGCCGCGGUCGCCGGCCUGGCCCCGCGCCUGGAGGACGACGCCAUGGACUUCAGGUUUGCGCCGGCCGUGCUGGGCACCCUCCUGGGCCGCGCCGCGGCAGGCAAGCAGCUGGGCCUGGACGCCCUGGACGCCGCGGCGGGGGCGGUGGAGUCGGCCGCGCCGCGGCGCGGGCUGGUGGCCGCCACGCUGUGCGCGCUGCGCGACGAGGCGGGCGCCGAGCGCCUGGUGCCUGCCGUGGCCGAGGCCGGGCUGGACCUGGCAGCGCUGCUGGCCUCCGACCCGGAGUUUGACGGCGAGCUGCUGGAGCCGGCCGCGUUCCUGGCCGCGCAGGGGCUGGACGGGCUGCUCUGA